UCCCUUCUGUCACUCGUUGUGGGUGUGUGCACGAAGAUGAAAAGAGCGAUUCAAAAGGAAUUUCAAAAGAGCCAGUUUAAUUUCCAACAUAACAAGCCCCAUGAUUUUGCUAUUUACGCUUGGCAAGCUGAUCGUGAGAAAAUUUCAGGCUUUUUCGUCUUCUACCGAUUCUUGGCGGCAGCGUUCUUUCUUUCUGUUUUGGUCGCUAACGGAUCCAUUAGCGAAACCCCAACUUACUUUUUUAUUUACUUAACAAAUCUAGGCUUCAUUAUUCAGACACUCCACCUAGUAUUGAGCGCAGUCGUUCCUAUUGAAAUUCUUCUGCAGAAGUCAAAUGAUGAGGACAACGUCAAAUGGACUUUUUUGGGUCGCUUCUCUUGGUUUUUGUACAAUGUGACGAACUUGAUCUCCCUAGUCAUUUCGGUAAUUUAUUGGAUCGCUCUAUAUACACCAGGUACUGGACUAACAGCGAUGAAUUUUUUUGUCCACGGAUUCAACAGCAUUAUGUCGAUCGGCGACAUCCUGGUGAGCGGCAGACCAUGUCGCCUGAUGCACUUUUACCAGCCAUUUGUCGUUAUUUUAGCGUACGUGGCCUUUAGUGCUAUCUACUGGGCUGCAGGUGGAGUCAACUCUGAUGGCCUUUCCUACAUCUACCCAGUUCUCAACUGGGAUAACCUUAGCCUAACAGUCCCGUUCGUGACAAUUGGCAUGCUUAUUAUAUUACCUAUCGUACACGCUCUUCUGUGGUCAUUGCAUCAACUCAGAGAUUACGCUGUACGCAGUAGAAUGCGAAGGAAAUCUUUCAGUCAAACCGGAAAUGUUGGCGAGCAGAAUCCGGUAUUCGAAUUGGCUUGAACCAUACUUAUCAUUGUUUGAUUAAACUAUUACAUAAUUUCUUCGUUAAAUACAAAACAAUUUGCUAAAACGUG